CAAAGCACUCAUGCCAUUUUCUUACACGCAACAAUUGCACGCUUGGCGCUUCUUCUCCUGCGUCUCAUGUUCACAAACAUGUCUAUAUACAUAGUCGUCUUCUCUGCCUCUCAUUUUCAAAUUGAGCAUUUCAAACCCACCAAUCUCUGAAGUGUUAAUUUGCCGGAAAGUUCGCCGGAAGGGAAAACCCAGGUGGUGUUUAGGCUUUUUACUGUUUUAGAGUUUGGAGCAGCUAUCAAUGGCACUAUGUGGGAUUGGUUUGAGUCCGGGUUUUGAGAGUUUUGAAGCUGUUUGUGCUGGGGGGAGUUUGUCGACAAGGCUGAUCAGACCGAGUUUGAUGCGUGCGGUUGGGAAGACAGCUGAAUGGAAGAGGAGGCCAGGUUUGGGAGUACUGCGGUGUUCAUCGUCGUCACUGAAGUUUGAGGAAAAUGUUGGGAGGGACUCAGCAGUGCCUUUGGAGGAAGAAUCAGGUCAUGUCAUAAAGUUUAAGAUGUCUGAUUUCAAGGUUCUCGACCGUGUUAGUGUUGGCCUUGGUGGAAAGGCAGGUGAAGUAGUUUACGAAGCUAUAGUGAGUGAUACAAUUAGUCCUUUGUAUAGCACACAAGUUGUUCUUCGACGUCUUACUAGUGUCCGAGCUCAGCGUAGGGGUAGACGUGCAAUAGAGGUAUUAAAGAAGUUAGUUCGCCGUAGGCUUUUGUACCAUUCUUACUCGAUGCAAGUUCAUGGUUAUAUUUCUUCAGCUACAAGUAGUGGUCGCGGCUCAUUCACUUUGGUCCACGGGUAUCAUGGUAGUUUUUCUUUAAGACAUUGGCUUCAACAAUCAGAUUGGCUUCCAACCUUGGAGGCUACUCUUGCAUUGGACAAGGAAUCUGUUAGAAAGGUGGGAGACGACACAGUUGGGGGACCUGCAGUUUCUCGGCAACUGCGGAUGAUUAGAUUAUUAAUGAGAGAUCUCUUGAUUGGAGUUAAUUACUUACACAGCCAUGGACUUGCCCAUACAGAGUUGAGGCUGGAAAAUGUGCACAUAAGCCCAGUGGAUAGACACAUUAAAGUAGGAAUAUUAGGAAAUACUGCAGACUUUUAUGAGGAUAGUCCAAAUGGUGGCACAAUGGAUGCUAACAUGGACAGGCGACAAAUGAUGAUUGCAUUUGAUAUGAGAUGUCUUGGAUUCAUGAUGGCAAAAAUGGUGUUGCAGGAACUCAUGGACCCCUCAAUAUUCUCAAAAUUCAAGUCAUUUCUCACAAAGGGAAAUGAUCCUUCAUGUUUGCGUGAAUUUUUAUUGCAAAUCCUCCAUAGGAAUUCCUCAUCUGGCAAUGCUGGACUUCAAAUACUUGAUAGGAACUGGGGUGCAGGGUGGCACCUUUUAUCGUUGUUGUUAGCAACAAAACCUUCCAAAAGAAUAAGUUGCUUAGAUGCCCUUACACAUCCAUUUCUAUGUGGACCUCGAUGGCGGGUAGUCCCAUCCAUAGAUAUCAUCAGAUGGGGUCUUGGUUCAACUGCAUUGCGAAUCUCAGAAGAGUACAUCUAUGGCCAGCCUCAGCGUAACAGACUUUCCCACUUCAUUGAGCUGAUGGAGAUGCUGAAUCCUCAUUCAAGGCCAAAGAACUGGCUGGAGUUACUGCCAGGAAAGUGGCGCAUAUUGUACUCUACUGGGAGACACAUUGGCUUGACCUUUAGGCAACCUCUUGAACGAGUCCUUAUUGGUAAUGUGCACCUAACAGUUUCAAGAGUAUCGAAGUUGAACACUAGCCUGUCAUUUACCUCCGACAUUGGAUUUAGAGUCAUGGUAGGUCAGAAUUGGCCCCAUGACAAGACUGGUGUAGAUGGCAAGCUUCAAGUGAACUCUAUAUUCAAAUUAAAGGCUGGGAGGCGGUUAUAUCUGAAGGAAGAAGAAAACACCACAGGAACAUUAUCCUUUGGUCCAUCAAAAAAUCACAAUGCUUUUCCUCAGAAAUUAACAGGUAGAAAAUGGAGGAAAGCACCAUUCAAGGAGUUUCCGUCAAGCCUUCCAGUGGCCAAGCUCAUUUCAAGCGAGAUUGAUAAUGUAACAAUGAGCCUUGGUCAUCCGUUGAGCACAAAUGUUGAUAGUGCAAGAAAUGUACUUCAAGAGGUUCGGACACAAGUCCCAACUGAGAUGUUCGAUUUGUCAAAGCUUGUGUGUGGAACAUAUGUGGACUCGAGGCUGUUAGUCAUUCGCGGGGUAAAUGGUUCUGCCCUCUUAUUUACAAGAUCUUGUUUUGAUGAAAAAUGUAAAUAACAAUUGUUCCAGAUGUUGCCUCACUGCAUGGUCUUGUUUCAGUGAAAUCUUUAGAUAGCAUUUGUUCAUAAUAUUAGUUCUCUCCUUUGUAUGUGUAGUGAUCAGUAUUGAGAAGCCACUUUUUAACACCCGACUUCUCCAUUCUUGUACCAACAUAUACACAUUUUCAUAUUACAACAAAUAGACAGAUAGUCAUCU